CCCUUCCGCCGCGCGGCCCGCCGCCGCCGCGCAGCCGGCCUUGGCGCCGGCGUCCGCUCCGCCUGCGCGGAGCUGCCUGGCGGCCGCGCCGCCGCCUUCGCGCUGGCUGGCCAGCUGUGCGCGGACCUGGGUAGGUGCCUGCCCUGGGGGGUCGCGGCGCCGCUGGCGGGGCGCCCGGGCCCUUGCCCGGCGUGCCCCGAGCCGGCCAAGGCUGUGGGCCGCCUUGCGCGGCCAGAAGCUCGGUGGUUGCAUGGUCUCUUUGGGAUCCCGGGGCUCCGCGCAACGGUGGUCUCGCCAGACCACGACCCGGUCGUCGAGUGGUUCAGUGAGGGCAAAGAUGACAUACGGAGCUGGUGCCGUGUUGGACUUGGACGCGUGCUCAUCCGCGCGGACGGGGACAUCGCGCCAGUUGCCGGCGGAGCAAAGCGCAGGGUGCACGACGUCGCCGCGCCUCUCACGCUCGCGGAGCUCAGGUCUUCUCGCGACAGCAGGCCGGGAUGCCCCCUGCUGGCCAUGAUGCUGAUUUUGUUGUCGCUGCGGCGCGUCCUGCAGAUGGCGGCGGCAGAGCGCCGGUCGCCGCGGGAGGCGCUGCAGGGGCGGCAGGGGCAGGCGCAGGGGGUGCAGCAGCGCCCGCGGGUGGCGGCGGGGCCGGGCUCGCCGCGGCAGGAGGUCCAGCCGGUGUCGUCGCCGAGCUGCUCGGAGGAGGCGGAGGCGCAGCCGCCGGCGCUGGGGCAGCAGGGAGUGGUGAGCUCUUGGCGCAGGAGCUGCCCCCGCCGCCCCGGGCGCGCCCGCCGGCGCCGCGCCGGCCGCUUCCUGCUGGUCGCCGCGCCCGCGGCCGCAGCGGGAGCCGCCGCCGCGGGUGGCGCUGCCGCCGCGCCCGCAGCCGCGGACGGCGGCGCUGGGCCCGCUGCGGCGCUGGCCGGUGCAG